AUGCCGGGCCUAAUUGCGGGCGAUCAGUACGAUGACCUCACCGGGGCUGUGCAGCAGUCUGACUACCUCGACCAGCUCAUACCUCUGCUCAAGAAUGCCGAGACCCAGACCCAAGUCACACCCCUCAUACACGCUCUCAAUCAUGUCUCGGCCGAUCGCGAAUCGCAGAUUGAAUCCAUCUGCAAUUCAAAUCACCACGAGUUUAUUACCAGUGUGAACCAGCUACAGUCGGUGCGUGAGGAGACCGUCAACCUGACGUCCGAGAUCAUGGAACUCAGUCGGAGCAUCGAAGCCAGCACGGAGAAGCUUGCGGAGCAGAAGAAGGCACUGGUCGAUUCGCGAGGAGUGCGACAGAAUAUUGACGAUGCCACCCAAGCUUUGCAGGACUGCCUCGAAGUCCUGCGGCUCGCAAACCAGGUCCACGAUCUUCUGGGGAAGAAGAACCACUACGCAGCUCUGCGGGCCCUCGAUGAGCUGCAGAAUGUCCACCUCCGCGAAGUUACAAGGUACAAGAUUGCAGAGAUGAUAGAGCGCUCGGUACCCGCUACGCAGCGUCUCAUUGCUGAUGCAGUCACCCAAGAUCUGCACACCUGGUUGUAUCGCAUUCGGGAAACGUCGCAGUUCUUGGGCGAAGUCGCCUUCUAUCACACAGAGAUGCGGAGAGCGCGGCAGAAGGAACGAGCGGAAGCGGACGACUACCUGGGUGGCUUCAAGCUGAAUUCGGCUGUUGAACUGGUUGCCGAUGAGAGUGAAGAAUUCGAUGUGCUCAAUAACGAAGAAGUACAGGUCGACUUCUCGCCGCUUUUUGAGUGUCUGCAUAUUCAUGACGCUUUAGGCGAGACAGAAAAGUUCCGAGCGGACUACGCUGCCACACGGCGACGGCAGAAAGAUCUGCUGAUACCUCAGACGAUCAACUUACUUGACGAGGAGAACAGCAGUCUGAGCGGCUUACUUGAGGGCAUGGCGGGGUUCGCGAUCGUGGAGAAGGCGACCAUGCAGAAGACCGAUAACUUCCGUUCGCAGAGCGAUGUCGACGAGCUCUGGGACAGCAUGUGUCAGUCUGCAAUCUCGCUCAUCAGCAGUGCACUCCACAAUGUGGAUAACGAUGACAAGCUUCUGAAGCUGAAAGGCGUUCUUGCGCUAUUCAUCCAGACUAUGGACAGUUGGGGCUAUCCUGUCAACAGCCUGGACAGCCUGCUUCUGACUUUAUUCGACAAGUAUAGUUCGCUGCUGAAGAAACGGUUCAGCGAUGACUUCCAAGAGAUUGUCAGCACUGAUGACUACAUGCCGAUGCCAAUCAACAAUGCAGAUGAGUACACCAAGGUCAUUUCAGUGUCUUGGUACACGCCGCCACCGGAGCAGGAGAAUGUCGAGGAAAUGACUUAUCCAUGCGUUCUGCCCUUCAGUCAGAUGUAUCCGCUGGUCUGCAUCGAUAUUCGAAACUUCCUCAACCAAAUCUAUCUGUUCUCCGACGAUCACUUCAAGCAUACGACAGUAAUCGACAAGACGCUGAAAGAAAGUCUGGACGAGCUACUUGUCGACAAGGUCUGCCGUAGUCUGGUAGAGCGUCUGUCGUCACAGUAUCCUGGCCAGAUUGUGCAAAUCCUCACAAACUUAGACCAUUUCGAGCAAGCCUGCAAGGAUUUGGAAGAUUUGCUCGUGGAAGCACGAUCAAGCAGUAGCGCUGCAGGACCGAUCAAGCUUCAAGCGACCAGCCAAUUCAACUCAGCCAAGAAGCGGGCAGAGAAACGUAUUUUCGAAUUGGUAAACAGCAAGAUUGACGAUCUCAUCGAGACCGCGGAGUAUGCCUGGACAAGCACAUAUGUUCCCGAUGCAGCAAGCCCAUACAUCCAAGAGCUUACUCGAUACCUGUCCAACAUCAUGAGCUCGGUACUCUUGGGUCUACCAGAGCAGAUCAAGGAGCUGAUAUACUUCGAAGCUUUGAACCACAUCAGCAACUCGCUGCUCUCUUUGCCUUUGGACCCCAACGUCCGAAGGAUAUCCCCACAAGCGGUCACUGCAUACAGGCUGGACGUCAUGGAUCUCGUUGAAUUUGUCGAAGCUCUGCCAAAGGCAUCAGUACUGCUGGAGAGCUUGACAGGUCUUAGGCAGACUGUGGAUCUCAUGGUUCUCGCUGCCGAUGGCAAGGGCGAAGAGUUCUUUGACUCCUCCAAAUCACAGCAAAGAUUCGCAAAGGUCGACAAGAUCAAAGGCGCGGAGCUGCUCGAAAAGGUGUUUACAGGUCCGGCAGAGCCUGCACCUGGCAAGCGCCACUCGCUUAUGCCAGACUUCCAAGAGCUGAGCAAGAAGCCGAGCAUGCCGCAUUUCGGAGAUUUCCGAGACCGUUUUGGGCAAUUCACGAAGAGAGACCGCUCGUAAUGUAACGGUCGACUGCAGCAAGCCCCAGAAGUGAAAUUUGUAUGCCUCGCAGGGGUGACGGAAUUGAUAUAGUGAGCUCUAUUGAUGUCUCUGAUGCAGAAUAUCGGAAAAGACGUGAGGCAUUGUCU